AUGAAACAUGUAAAAUCAAUAACAUCAAAUACUCUAAAAGAUAGAACUGAAAGUCGUCGUAAGACUAACAAACAAUCGCCUGCAAUAAUUGAAACUCCUGAAGCUGAUUGUGAUGAUCCAGAGAACUUUCAAAAAUAUUUUCCACAAAUUUGUGUAAUCAAUAAAGCGAAAUCUAAAUUCAAUAUACUAACUGUUUCAUUUAGUACUACUUACUUGGCUCAAGGGGUCCUUGACCUAAGCGAUAUUCGCGAGCCCAGUUUUAAAGAAGAAGAAAGGAAAGAAAGUGUACAACAGAAAGUACAAACACAGAAGGGUAAAGAAGAAUAUGUGGAAAGCGGCAAUAUCGAAAAAAGAAAAGAUGACGUGAAAGAUAAAGUACCUCCAGAAACUACUGUAAACGAAAAUGAUCCUACUAAACCUACGAACGUAGUUGUAGUAACAUCGAAAAUUGAUAAAAGGAACGUAAUUUCCAAUCUUAUAUUCAAAGAUGUGGGAGUUGAAAGUGCUGUUGUAAAUGCUUUAGAUAUGUCAUUGGAAAAACAGAAAAAUCUUGAAAAUUUAAAGUUCAUAAAUUGUAAUUUAGGUGCAAAAGAAAUAAUUUCAAUGAAGAACAUGUUAUCAAAGUAUCCAAAUAUAACUGAAUUAUUUGUAGAUAGAAAUCCGUUUAAUGCUGAUAAUAUGGGUCUUUUAUUAGAUGAAACAUCUUCAUUAAAAUUUUUAACACUUCGAUUAUGUCAAAUAAACGAUAGUUGUGUAAAAGGAAUUGCAAAACAAUUAGAACGUGUACCAACCACGUUACAAAUAUUAAAUUUAUCAUCGAAUUAUAUAACAGAUUUAGGUUGUGAAUAUAUAACAAAUGCAUUACGGAUAAAUCGUUCGUUGACUGUUCUAAAUUUAUCAAAUAAUUUUUUAACUGAUCAAAGUUGUGUAUAUUUUCGGUCAGCUUUAGCAAGAUUUGAACUUACACCAAAUGAAAUUAAAAUCAAACGCCAAGAACAUUUUAAUCGAUUAUUUUUACGAAGGAAAUUAGUACAAAAAUAUACUCAAAUUUCAAUAGAUCAGUUUGAUAUAAAAUCACAAAGGGGGAAAUCUCCUAAACGUCGACCAACUAAUGCAAGUGCAAAAAGCAGUACUAAAACAAAUGAUUCGGAGCGUGAAAAAUUUAUAAGUGCAAAUAUGCCAAAACUCACACAUCCUUUUAUCGUUGAUGUAGAAACAAAGGAUGGUACAAUAUUUUGUCAUGGAAAUUUUCAAUUAGCUCACCUAAAUAUUGCAUUUAAUAAAAUAACAAAUUCUGGAUUAAAAAUUCUUCACAAUAUAUUAUCUUAUCAAGUAAAUAAUAUGAACCAAGUUGGUUUUGUAGGUCUUGUAGGCCUGAUAUUUGAUGGCAAUCAAAUAAAUUACGAUAUGAUGUACGAACUUAUUGGCGAAAUCAGUGAUUUACUAACCCUGAAGAACAGGAUCAAAUCAAAAUAG